UCUUUCAUCACAAUUGAAUUAAGUUAUGACUUGCCAUUUAUUGAUGUGUCCUAUCAUAAGUUUCUCAAUUUCCUGCAAGAAAUAGAUUUUGUUAAAUGAAACCUUUAUGAGAAAUAAAUAUUAUUUAGGAAGAUUUACAAACGUAUCACUCAAUUUUUAUAUUGUGUAUUUCACAUUUUAAACGUUACAAUAGCGGUAUGAAACAUUGUUCUUUUUGUUUUAUUAUUUUUAUUGUCAUGAAAAGAAAUAUUUUAUGCCCAUCCGUAUAUCUGACAGAACUCAAUGAGUAAAGCUAGAGAGGCUGGAACAUCGGCCAUGUGGGAUAGAGAAGUUACUAUAAUCUUUUGUGAUUUAUGUGUAAGGGAGGUUGAGGUGGGAAAUAGACCCACUACAUUUUUUAACAAAGAAGGGUGGCGAAAUAUUGAAGUUAAAUUCAAAGAAAUGACUGGAAGAGAUUACGAUCGCAUGAAAAUGAAGAACAAAUGGGAUCAGUUAAAGAAGGAUUGGAAACUAUGGAAAGAACUAAAACAGGGAUCAACAGGAAUGGGCUGGGAUCCUGUUAAGCGCACAAUAGAUGCACCAGAGGAAUGGUGGGCUGAAAAACUACAGGCAGUGCCGUCAGCCAAAAAAUUUAAAUUUGUUGGCAUUGAUCCAGUAAUGGAGGAAAAACUAGAUAGAAUGUUCACUGGGGUUGUCGCUACAGGCUCUCAUGCGUUUACCCCAAAUGAUAUAGGGUUGAGCAGCUCAGUUCAAGAGAUGGAUACCGUACAGAUAGGUGAUUCAGGAGACCGCCCUAGCCAUGUGCACACAGAUGUUCAAUCCACAAGUGUGUCCAAGCGGCCCAGGGUAGAGAAGAAGAACAAAGGGGUUGCUUUUAUUAAAGGGACUAUCGAUGCACUAGUUGAAACAUGUAAAGCUCGGUCUUCUUCUUCGCAGGACAGCUCAAUUGAUGAGUGUCUUCAGGUCUUGAAUACAUACUCUGAUGUUAAGGCAGACGAUGAUGACUACAUUCAAUACGUGAAGGUGUUGCGAGACCCAACCAUCAGACAGUUUUUUAUGAAGUUGGAACCGAAAUAUCGUGUGAAAUACUUGCAAUCUUUCAUGGACGUCUGAAUGUUUGAGUUAUUAAUGUACUUUAUUUUCUAAUCUUCUAUGUUAUGUUUAUGUUAAGCACAAUUUUUUAAUCUCCGUUGUUUAUGUUUUGGACAAUUGACCUUUAUAUGUGAUUGUUCUUUAUGUGUGUCCAAUUUUAUUAUGUAUUGUUUUUUUUUUGCCCAAAGUUCAUGUGUUAUAUUUAUCUUUCAUAGCAUACUUCUGUUUUCAUUAC